AUAAGAACCAGUGGGGGAGGCUUCGAAGGAGUGAGAAGAAACACCAAUCCCCAAAGAACAGGGUCAAGACAAAGAAGAACCACUCCACUCCAGGAAAUUUCCCCUCGAUCCAUGAUCUUCUCUCCGGCGCGCUACAAUUCGUGCUGCCUGGGAUCGAUGGAGGACAAGGAAUGGAGCUCGCAGAGCAGUGGAUUCGAUGCGUUCUUCGAUGAGGAGCUAAUGCAGGGGAUGUUCUACGAUGUGGCUGGAACAGAGCAGGCGAUCAUGGUGGAUGCGCUCGCCCACGCCGGGCAUGAUCAACAAGAGCAGCAGCAAAAUCACGAGCCUAGUGUCCUUCCCGCGCUCGCUCAGGAGGAUUUGAGCUGGGCCGCGCAGUCCAAUUGGCGAUCCAAGCGGGCCAAGAGCCACGAUUCCUCUUCCAGCUCCGACUCGGAUCAAACCAACAAGGCGCCCAUCUCUGAGACGAGCUCUGCUAGAGCGCUCAAACCCAAGAAGCCCAGCGAUGGAUCCACCAGGCGCCAUCGCCGGACCAAGUUUCGUGGGGUGAGGCAGCGUCCCUGGGGGAAAUGGGCUGCCGAGAUUCGCGAUCCAGUGAAGCAGGCCAGAGUGUGGCUGGGGACCUACGACAGCGCCGAGGACGCCGCGCGAGCCUACGACGAGGCCGCCAUUCGAUUCCGGGGCAUUCGCGCCAAGCUCAACUUCCCGGACGAUCCCAGGAACGCCUACGAGAUGUUUCCCUACCAGCCCAAGCGAUCGGACGCUGCGAUCGCGCAGGCAUCCAGCGGCAGCGCUAGCGCUUCCAUGCUACCGCCCCAAACAGAGCAUAAGCAGCUAAUGUCAAAAAUGCCCACACAGGGGAUUUGCAUCGCGCCCACGGAUUCCACCAAGGUUUCGGCCCAGCAGCAGCAAUUCCCACUCUCGAUCGACGCCGCGCGGUGCAUCAACAAGCUCUCGGAUCUUCUCUUCAGCGACUUGAGCUCGCCAGUGGCCAUGGUGGCCCCAGAAGCGCAUCAAAUCAAUCAGCCACUCCCGGAGAGGAGGAGCUUCCCAUCUCCCCCGCCGCUGGUGGUCAAUCGCGCGUCAAUGCCAUCGUCCUCGUCGUUUUGGGUCGAUCAACUGCUGGAAUCUCCGCAAGUGGCGUCGUCGUCGUCCUUGUCGAUCAUGGAGGCAUCAGUUGUAUCAUCAUCCACAGCACUGGAGCAACUCAUCUCGCAGCCAAUGUGGAGCCCAACUGCGAUGGUGGCGCCCAUCUUCACGCCGCAAAUCGCCGAGGCCUCCUCCAAUUCCCCCACGGCCACGCUCUGGCCUUCUUUCACCUUUUCUUCCUGUUGACAAUCAAAACCACGAGACCAUUGAGUCCAUUGUUCCCAGGAGUGAUCUUGAGCUAUAGUCACUUUAAACCAUGGUUUCUUGCUCCAUCUCGACAGCCUGCUCGGCACACUUUGCUAUGGAGCACGCCAGCUUUUCCGGCGAUGGUACGUGAGAGGCCGCGGUAGCCGCGGCAGUAGGCC